CUCGCAACUUACACGACCCUCCACCACGAGACCUUCAACAUCUACACACACCUUCUGCCGGCACUGUGCUUCCCGGCGCUCGCCGUCUUCUCGCGCCUACCGCGCCUGCACAUCCUCAGCUCGACCGCCUGCCUGCUGCUGUCGGCGGCCUACCACGCCAACAACGGACACUCGGCCUACGCGCUAAAGGCCGAUUACUGUGGGAUUUUGGGGUUGCUGGUCAGCAACUUUGUGACGGGGUUGCAUUAUGCGUUUGGGCCGAUAGAGGGGGAGAGAGAGGGGGAGGGGGAGGGACGGAGCACCGCCAAUAGCACAAUCGGCAGCAGCAUCGUAAAAAGUGCAGCCCGCAGCGACCCCCACCGCACCCUCCGCGUCACCGCCCUCAUCUUCACCGGCCUGAGCGCCCUCGUCCCCAUCACCCACCUGUACCUCCUGCACGACGCCCGGUACCUCCUCGCCGUCGGGGUGGGGUGGUAUACCCUCGAAGGCAUGGCGUUGAUCCUCGGCGCGGUGGUGUAUCUGAAUAGAAUCCCCGAACGAUGGUACCCGCACAGCAAAGUCUUCAUGCUGUGGUCGUCCCAUGCCUUCUGGCAUGUGCUCGUGCUCGUCGGGAUGGUGGCGCAUACGAUGGGGUUG